CGAGCAGUCUCUCAGAACAAGUCAAACGCGUUGGUUGUCCCCAGUGUUUGAGCGCUGGAACGAAAGUGAGCAGCCGGCUGAAUAUUUAUUCCAACACAACAACAAAACACUGACGGAAAAUGAUUGCGCAAAGUGUAAUCGCCAAGUUGCGCCCGUGCAUGCGCCGUCUGCCAAGCAGCAGCAGCAAGGCGAGCAGCGUUAAAUUCAACUGGCAGGAUCCGUUGAAUCUGGAGAGUCAGCUGACGGAGGAGGAGAUUGCCAUACGCGAUGCUUUUAACGGCUACUGCCAGUCGGAGUUGCUGCCGCGCGUUAAGGUGGCCAAUCGAUUGGAACAGUUCGACAAGAAGAUAAUGGAGGAAAUCGGCAGCAUGGGCGUCUUAGGUUGCACAAUCAAGGGUUUCGGCUGUGCUGGCGUUUCUAAUGUGGCAUACGGACUGCUAACGCGUGAGGUGGAACGUGUCGAUUCUGCAUAUCGUUCGGCUGUGAGCGUGCAAAGCUCAUUGGCCAUGGGAGCCAUCUAUGACUUUGGUUCCGAAGCGCAGAAGCAAAAAUAUUUGCCCAGCAUGGCGCAGGGCAAACUGAUAGGUGCCUUUGGUCUAACCGAGCCCAAUCAUGGCAGCGAUCCUGGUGGCAUGGAAACACGUGCCAAGUACGACAGCAAGACCAAGAGCUACAUACUGAACGGCUCAAAGACUUGGAUAACCAGCGCACCUAUUGCUGAUCUUAUGGUCGUUUGGGCAAAAUGCGAGGAUGGCAAGCUACGUGGUUUUAUUGUGGAUCGUGAAAUAUCCGGCAAAGGCUUGGAUACGCCUAGAAUUGAAGGAAAAUUCUCGCUGCGUGCUUCGCCCACUGGCAUGAUACUAAUGGAUGACGUGCACGUGCCGGAGGAGCAAGUGUUGCCCAAUGCCCUAGGCUUUAGUGGACCCUUUAAUUGCCUAAACAAUGCACGCUAUGGCAUAGCCUGGGGUGCCUUGGGCGCUGCAGAGGCUUGUGUGGAAAUAGCUCGUCAAUAUACGCUUGAUCGCAAACAAUUUGGCAGACCAUUGGCUGCCAAUCAGCUGAUACAGAAGAAAUUGGCGGAUGCUACAACAGAAAUCGCUCUGGGUUUGCAGGCGUGUAUACAAGUGGGUCGCCUCAAGGAUCAGAAGCUGCACACACCCGAGCAGAUUUGCAUGAUCAAGCGCAACAAUGCUGGCAAAUCUCUGGAUAUUGCGCGUCAAAUGCGCGAUAUGCUGGGUGGCAAUGGCAUCAGUGAUGAGUACCAUGUGAUUCGACAUGUGAUGAAUCUGGAGUCGGUCAAUACCUAUGAGGGUACACAUGAUAUACAUGCGCUUAUCUUGGGACGUGCCAUUACCGGACUGGCGGCCUUUGCCAACUAAAUACUCGAGCAUUUUUUAAAACACACCACUGAGCAAUUUGUUAA